GUUACUAUUGGCUGUGCGUGGUCACCACAGCAUCAAGUAGGCGUGUGUAGGUUUCACAGUCGCACUGUCUGCCUCCUGGAUAGGGCUGCCUGCUGCACGUGUCGCUGUGAAGGGGAUUGCACAGCAUCAGCAGUAUAAGUUCAAGGCAAGGCAUCUGGUUCUUGGAAACAUUUGUUGAACACGUACCAUAGAUUAGCUGUGGAGAAAGGACGCUGAUUGGUGGCGAACGUCCCGGGAACAGCGUCACUCCAGAUAGCUACGUCAGCCUAAAUCCACGUCGCCAACGACGAUGUUUACACGUUCCCGAAACAUCCGGAACUUCAGUCUAAGUAAUGGGUUAAGCCGACACCGUUAUUUCCGGCCCAGGAGAGUGCGUAGGCGAUUCAGUCGGCCAUGGUACUCCCACCGCCGGACGCGGCCCACGGUUGGGGAUCUCGACAGUCGCUUCCGGAACUUGCAGGGGGAAUAUCUGAGGAGGAGAGAAACCAUUGGCGCGGGAAACGAUGGCUCAGACAGCGAUGAAGAUGAAAAUGAACAGCCAGAAGUGCCAGAGACUGAUCUGGCAGCGAGGCUGCACGUGACCAACCUUGACCUUAACAUAUCGGAGAACACCAAGCAGCACCAUACUGAUAUGUAUGAGUGCACAGAGGUCAGAGGUCAAAAGGAGGCCGAGCUGGUGGUCAGGAGAGGUCAAACCUUCCUCAUCACCAUCACUUUCAACAGACCUUACGACAUCGACAAGAACGACAUCACGCUCUUAUUCAGCCUAGCGUCUGACGAGAGUAACAGCUCUGUCAAUGAGACCAUCAGGGUAGCAGAGGACAAAGACACGUCUUACAAGCCACGGAGAUGGGGCGCCACCAUCGCCAAGAAGGGAGAUAACUCUCUGACGGUAGAAGUGUUUUCACCCGCCUCUACCCCUGUCGGUGUGUGGGACUUGAUUGUCAGGACCACCGUUGACGUCGAGAACGGCAAAGACCUCGUCUGGCAGUACAACCACAACGACGACAUCAUCAUCAUCUUCAAUCCUUGGUGUAAAGAGGAUGUGGUGUACCUCCCUGACCCCCAGUGGCUGGAGGAGGCGGUGGAGAACGACUCGGGGGUGUUGUACCAGGGGACACACGAUAGGAUGGGAGGCAGUAGCUGGUACUUCGGCCAGUUUGAGGACGGUAUCCUGCACGCCGCUCUCCACCUCGUCAGGAAAGGCUUCGACUACAAGAUGACGCGCACCAUGGGGAAGGCGAGCAAGGUUGCCAGAAUUCUGUCAAAGAUCGUUAACUCCUCCGACGACAACGGCGUUCUUGAAGGCAACUGGAGCGACAGCUUCGCCGGUGGCACCAGUCCAUCUACAUGGACGGGAAGUGUGAAGAUCCUGAAAAAGUACAUGUCCACCAGAAAACCGGUCAAGUUCGGACAGUGCUGGGUCUUCUCAGGGGUCCUCGUAACAGUGUGCCGAGCCCUAGGACUUCCCUGUCGGAGUGUCACCAACUUUGAAUCAGCUCACAACAGUGACAAGGAACGUUUAAGCUGUGACGAGAUCUUCCGGCCGAACAGCAGAGGGAACUACACAAAUAUAUCCGAUGACUCCAUAUGGAACUUCCAUGUGUGGAACGAGGUAUGGAUGAGUCGCCCUGACCUUGGCAGAAAGUUCGACGGGUGGCAGGUGAUUGAUGCCACGCCCCAGGAGACUAGUGACGGCGUCUACUGCUGCGGCCCCACCCCGGUGAGUGCCAUCAAGGAGGGGCUCCUCAACAUCGGACAGGACACGGCCUUUGUCUUCGCCGAGGUCAACUCGGACAAGGUGGUCUGGGAGGAACACGUCUUGACCAAGAAAAAGAAACAAGUGUCAAGAAAUCCGAACAGUGUCGGCAAGAUGAUCAGCACCCACGAACCAACCCAGGAGCCACUGGUCGGGCUGCAGCGACUGGACCUCACUGAUCAAUAUAAGUACCCUGAGGGGUCGGACCGAGAGCGGGAAGUGGUGCGACAGGCGGAGGCGAUGUUCAGGAAGGAUAACCUGGAGGUGGACGAGGAAGAACCUCCAGUGUCAGAGCCGUUAGUGUUGGGCAUCAACGACAUAGGUGACAUCAUCGUCGGCAACGGCUUUGACGUCAAGGUUAACGCCACCAACAACGGCACCGCCGUCCGUAGUGUUACCCUGUCUGUCAAGGUCGCCUACAAGACAUACUACGGUGUCGUGACGGGGACGGCCGCUCAGUCGAAGUACACAGAGAAGUUAGAGCCUGGCAAGAGUUGUGUCUUCACCUUGAGUGUGACGCCCAAGCAAGCAAUGAUGCGACCCAGAGACGGUUUCAACUUCCAUAUCGAGGCUGUCGCGAAUGUCAAGGAGACCGGAAACAUCGUCACAGAGACAUCCUCUUUCCGGUUACGCAGACCCGACCUUGUUAUAAAGGGUCCCUCCACUGCUAAGCCCGGGGAGACAGUAGAGGUGGAACUCUCCUUCACCAACCCUCUCCCCGUCCUGAUGACCAACUGUGAGGUGGAGAUUGACGGCAAUAUGAAGGUGGUGGCUCCCUUCACGGACAACAUCAAAAUAGGAGUCAUUUCUCCUGGACAGACCUGGAGGAAGACGAUCAAGAUGUCCCCCACGUUAUUCCCCCGAGCCCAGAGGAAGAGGGAGGCCAGCUUUGGUCUGGAGUCCGACCAGCUCGGUGAUGUCAGAGGAUCCUACAGCAUCAAACUCACUUAGAGCGACCAUAUUGACAAUUACAUGUGAUAGCUGUACAAUCGUUUCCGCUUCCACAUUCCAUAGCUUAGCGGUAUUAGAGCAAGUGGCAAUAUUCCUUUCCUCUCCAAUGAUAUCUAUUGCAGGAUGGGCUGCAGAAUCUCAUGGUGAAAGGAGAGGACAUAUAACACAUUGCGCACUGCCCACGACAAUAACGAAACGUUCGUUUGGCGUUAAACACCACACGAAAGUUUUCAUAUAUCCGUAAUCCUAGCUUAAACCAAUAGUUUGGCCUUAUAUCUUAACAUCUACUAACAUUAAGUCCCAGAAAUAAAUUCAGCUUACUUAAAAAUAAAUAUGAACAAAAAAAUCGAUCUAAAUGGAGCCCAGAACAAUGCUUAAUUUGCUAAGGCAAUCUAGACUUGCCACUGAGUUUGAUAUUAUUCCUGUUCAAUAGCAAUAUCAUAAUAGUUAACUCCGGUACCCAUGGAGACACGUGUGUCCCAAGCAUCCCUGGAAUAUUGUAGUCCUCUUUGCAGUGAAAUAACAUCAGUGAUAAUUUCUAUCAAUGUAUUCACAUUAUGCCCAAACUUACACGCAAAAAUUAUGGACACGUCGUUAUUAAUUGUGCUUGCAUGUUAUAACAUAUUGACCUUGUCCAGAGUCAGCACUGGAUGUCUCCAAGCCAUCGUGUUUUCAUUGUUCAGUUAUUUUUAUUCAGAACAUAUUAUUAAAUGAACAAAAUGUUCUUCCGUUUCAGACCACAAACAGCAGCAUGUAAUUUUAUUAUUGAAUGUGAGAACAUUGGCAUAACAUAAGAUUGUGUAAGUGAUUGAACAUUUUUUUCAGCGAUGAAGCUUAACAGUGUGUAACGUUGUGCAUUGUUUAACGUUAUGUACGACUCUGUAUACCUCCAUAUUACAUGUUACAUUUUGUUUCCAUGUUAAUUUUUACACAUUUAUAAAGCAUAGAUUUAUUUUC